CGUGCAGAAACCUCUUAAAAGCAAAAUAACAAGUCAGCUGUUAUUGAAAUGGUGGGUGGGGUUAGAGCUACGCAAAGAAAACUUGGACGAAGAAAUACGAUCCUCUUGGACAUGGGUGGAUGGAACAUCGCACAUCCGGGGACUUCCGCAUUGGGCCCCUGGUGAACCCAAUGGCGCAAGGUCCACUUCCGCUGCUGAGGACUGCGUAGCCCUGGACUAUCAGACUUAUAUCAGAGACGAUGACUGCAAAAGAAGCUUGCCUUACAUAUGCGAGCAGAACAGAGUGUCACCAAAGCCGAGCACAGAUUCUCCAACCACGACCACAGCAUCUACGUCAACCUCAACUGCAGGUGAUGUCCAUUCUAUCACAUCCGGAUAUCAGAGGAAUACAUCUACUUUCAAUCCGGGAAAUAAACAAACUGAGAGACCGGGAAAUCGAGAGACACCGGCAAGUAAACCGACCAAUUCUCCGGGACAUGCAACAACAGAGAAUCCGCGAAGUACACCAACAGACAAUACGGGGAAUAAACAUACAGAUAAUCCGGGAAAUAAGCCAACGGAUAACCCGAGAAAUAAAACAACUGACCAUCCGGGAACUAAACCAACAGCUCAUCCAGGAAAUAAUUCCACUGACAAUCCGGGUAAUAAACCAACCAAUAAUGCAGACAGCAUGAAACCGGAAACUACAACUGUGAAAUCCAACGGAAAGCCUGAUGAUACCGAGCAAGAAAACGACCUUUUUCAGGGAUGUUACAGUGUGAACUACGAAGGGACAUGCCCGCCGGUGUCGGCAUUCGGAAUAUCCUGGCCCCGGGGCGAGGCAGGCCGCGUGGUGACAGUGCCGUGCGAAAACGGAGAGGCCACCUGGCGGUGCUCGCGAUCCCCGGUGGUGUGUUGGCGAGAGGAACCCAAUGUCCGGCAGUGUACCAGCGACACUAUCCGAAAACUUACAACCAAAAUGGACGAAUUCCUGUCGAAUACAGCAAACGCCGACGCCGCGGUGGCGUUCACGGAGACUCUGGCGACGGUAUCGGCGGCCCCGGGUGCCAUGUCGGAGCAGGACCUCUACCAGUCCACAGUUCUCAUGCAGGCGGCGGCGCAGGCACGCCCAGGAAACGCAUCUCAGGCUAAAGCUAUAAUCAUGAACGUCUUAAAAUUCGGUAACAACUUGGUGGCCGAAGACAAGCGGGCGAGUUGGUCAUCCAUGGAAGCAGGAAACCAGCGGACCGUUGCCGCAUCUCUUGUGCGCUCUGUGGAGAACGUUACCAUGGCAAUGUUGGAGGCGUACCAGGAACCGGGCGUGGACAAAAUCAGGGAUACAAAUAUGGGUGUUGAGCUGCACGUGGUGUCUGUGGACCACUUCCUGCCACCAAGCACCGUACAGUACCAAGGCGGCGAGAACGCAUUCGCCGUUCCGUGGGAAAACUUGGCAGCUUUCACGAAAGACGGUCUAGCAAAGCUCGUCUUCAUCGAGUACACCAACAUCGAUGAAUUGCUAAAGCCGGAAGUGAUGUCAUCGGGAGACCAAUUUGAGAAACGCGUGAUCAGUCACGUAGUGAGCGCCGCCAUCAGAGGCAAGCCACCAGGGACGCAACUACAGAAGCCCGUCACGUUCACAUUCAAAACGGAAAAUAGAGGAAAUGGUGCGCCAUACGAUCAACAAUGUUCGUUUUGGAAUUUCAGUAUUGGGUUUUCAGGGGGCUGGUCUCAAAAGGGGUGUGUCCUGGACAAGUAUAACUCCACCCACACAACAUGCCGCUGUGAUCACAUGACCAACUUCGCCAUCCUCAUGGAUAUACACAGCACUAAGAUAUCAGAUGUUCACGUGAUGACCCUCUCUUACAUCACCUACGUUGGCAUCAUCAUCUCAGUCGUCUGCUGUUUCCUCAGCUGGCUUACCUUCGUCUGCUUAAGUUGUCGCUGUGUUCGUGGAUAUCGGGGCAGUAACGAAGACCGGGGGAACAGCGCGGGAAGCUAUUACGGCGGUUCGGCCGCCUCUCGUUCAGUGCAGAGUGAGAGAAACUCAAUCCACAAGCACCUUGUAUUCACCAUCUUUGUCGCAGAGAUCCUUUUCCUUGCGGGGAUAGAAAGGACAGAGCCAAAGAUCGCGUGUUCCAUCAUCGCUGGGUUCCUGCACUUUUUCUUCCUGUCCAGUUUUUGUUGGAUGUUCGUGGAAGGAAUCCAUAUCCUCUUCAUGCUGGUGCAGGUGUUUGACGCCGCCAAGUCUCGGAUGAAGUAUUACUACCUUCUUGGCUAUGGCGUCCCAACUUUGAUUGUUGGAAUCUCCGCUUUGGUGCGCUACGAGGGAUAUGGGACUCCGAGAUACUGCUGGUUGACGACAGAGCGAUGGUUCAUCUGGAGUUUUGCUGGACCUGUGGCAUUCAUAUUGCUAGUAAAUCUGAUGAUUCUCAUCUACGCAAUGUCUGCAGUGUGCAAGCAUGCAGAGUAUGUGUUCACCAAAGAAAAAACACCAACUGGUAAUCUCAAGAUUGUAGAGCUGCCAUCAUUCGUGGUUCAAAUGAAGGAACACGUGGAACAACACAAAGCCUGGAUCCAGGGGGCGCUUGCUCUAGAAGUGCUUCUAGGUCUAACGUGGGUGUUUGGGUAUUUCUACAUCAGCGAGGCCGCCCUUCCUAUGGCCUAUCUGUUCACCAUCUUCAACAGUCUUCAGGGUCUUUUCAUCUUCGUCUUCCACUGUAUUCUCAAUAAAAAGGUUCGCAAAGAAUACCGGCGGUUCAUAGAUUACCCCAGGCGGCCACAUUCCAGUGGUACUCACUCAUCCAGAGCCAAUGGUUCCGGGCCCAGUAAUACUCUCCAUUUAGCGGCGCCAGCGCGGAAACACUCUGGACCCGGCUACAUGGAUAUAGCUAAGUCUGCAGAUAGCAGACGACAAUCGUCAACCGAUGCAUGAGACCGGAACCAAUUGGAUGGCAUUAUGAUAAAUCGAUUAACAGGAACUGGUUAUAUAACGUCACAUAUAUGGUGCCAUGUUGCGAUAACACGAGGAAUCGGAAUCUACAAAUUUGAAAGUUUACGAUGAUACACGAGGAUGUGAUGAUUAUUGUUUUCUGCAAUUAGUGAAUCGCUGACUUUCAUCUUAGAGAAACUCAUGACUGAAAAACGAAGCCUAACACUUGGUGAUUGAUAUGUGUACCAAACGUGCAUACUGCUAUGUUCUUAAAUUAAUUAUGAAGGGACUAACUAAUUUCAUUUCUGACAGUGAAAUGUAUGAAGCACAGUAACAUUUAAAUAUCAUCAUUAACAUCUGAACCUGUCAUUACAUGUAAGUUAAGACAGUACAGAUGAUAGUGGCCUGAUAAAUUUUUUGAACAUGAUAUUGGACAAUUUUGAAUAGGACUCACUGCAGUAAUGAAUGUGCCACUUGUUAAAUCCAGUAAAUACUUUUGACAUAAUAAGUCACUUUAAAGUAUCUAGUGCUUAUAUGUGUAGCGCAACAAAUGUCUCUAUCGAUGUAUUUAAUGGUUUAUAGAUGUACAGACGUAAACAAGUUGUAUUUUUGCCACUAUCCCGACCAUGUUUAGUUUUUGAUCACUUAACUUUAACAUAUACAUAAAAUAUUCUGCAAAGGAACGCAAACUUUUUCGGUAAUCUAACCAUUUUAUUAAAUGUGGUGUGUAUAGAAGAAACAUACAAACAAGGAAAGUUUGAUCGAUUUAUCUAUUUUUGGAUAUGUACGUGGAAACAUACAACAUAUAUGUUGUGCCUUUUUGCGAUUGAAUUAAACGAACGUAUAUCCAAACUUUUAUUUUCUUACUAUUUCCAAGUAUUUAUUUAUUAUUUAGUCUUUUUAAAACCUACUUGUUGAUUAUUGGUGUGUUCAUGGUUGAUAACUGAAACAUGUAUGCUCUAUGUUCUUUUUAAUUACAUUAGCAUGUCUUUAUGUACAAAUAAUGUUACACACUAGUUGCAAUAUAAAUAUGACAUUUGUUCAAUGUGCACGUAUCUUGCCCCAUGCCAAAUAAAUCCAUGACACAUU